AUGGACUCGCACAAGGGGGGCAGCAGCGGGAGGCGGGGGCGAGAUGUCAAGAGGUGGCUCUCCGAGCUGCGCGGCAAGGACAUGCCGGACAAUUACUCCUGGUCCUACAAAAGGAAGUACAAGGCCGGGUACGUGUGGCAGGACCUGAAGGACGACGACCUCAUCACGCCCGUCUCCGACAACGAGUACGUGCUCAAGGGCUGCGACGUCCGGGGAACACCUCCUCCCUGCGUCCAAGCGCCAAGAAGGACUUCUUCCUUAGGCGAGAAGAAACGCAAGGAGGAAGAGGAAGACGUGACGCCGUGCAACGACGAUCAGAACGGCCCCGUGGAGGUGGUACUGACGACACCUGACUCCAACGAGAGCUCCCCGAAGCCGCCGCCGCCUGCGGACCAGGACUCGCCCGGAGGCUGCGAGUCGGCGCGCCGCAGCACGGCCCCGUUCAAGAACCACCAGCGGCAAAAACACGAGGACAAGGAGGAGGAGGACGAAGGAGAAGCGGCAGCCGAGAAGACCGACACCAAGGCUGCGGCGGUAGAGGAGCAGCCGCAGGGAGAGGGAGCGGCGGGGGGCGUCAGGGGCCACGCGCACGCGGUGGGGAAGCAGGCGCGGAGGAUGCGCGUGGCGCGGGCGCUCCACAACAUGCUGACGUGCGCGCGCGCCGACGCCGACGACGCCGCGCUCCGCCCCCUGGCGGCGCGGCGGCAGGACGGCGGCGGCGGCGACUCGCCCACGCUGACGUGCCCCGGCAUGGAAGGCUGCGGCCUACGCCGGAACCGGAAGGCGGCGAGGCCGCCGAAGGGCGGCAAGGAGAAGCAGCAGCGCAAGCGAGACGGCGAGAAGAAGCACGACUCAAACAAGCCGGCCACCCUGCCGCGUUGCUCGCAGUGCGGGAAGGAGUUCAAGCCGCAGGAGCUGCACUCGCACAUGCAGUCGUGCCGGGGCUUCAAGGAGCGGAUGAGGAGCAGCACCAGCGCCCGGCCCAGCACCGACAGGAGGCGCAACUGGCCGACCGCCGGUCACUACUCCUCGGAGUCGGAGCGGCCGUCCUCAGCCUCCGCCGUCUUCCUGCUCACGGAAUCCUGA